GUGGGACUCUCUUGGCAAGACAAGCUUAACAGAUAAACAAUUUUCGGGCAAAGGUACCCAAAAUGUCACAAAUAGCGAAACUAAAGGGAAUGGUUGCCUUGGUAACAGGUGGGGCUUCUGGUCUUGGCUGUGGGACAGUUCAAAGGUUUAUUCGUGAAGGUGCCAAAGUUGUCCUUGUUGACCUCCCUAGUUCCGAUGGGAACAAGAUUGCUGAAGAUCUUGGCAAGCCAUGUGUCUUUGCUCCUGCAGAUGUCACCUCUGAGAGUGACGUUUCUGCAGCUGUGGAGAUGGCUAAGAAAGAGUUUGGGAAACUCGAUGUUGCUGUCAAUUGUGCAGGCAUAGGGAUUGCCAUCAAAACUUACAACAAGGGAAAGGCAAGACCGCAUUCACUGGAAGCAUUUGAAGAAGUUAUAAAGGUCAACACUGUAGGGACAUUCAAUGUUUGCCGCCUUGUUACAGGAUUAAUGCUUGACAACGAACCUACAGUCGAUGGCCAGAGAGGUGUUAUUGUGAACACGUCCAGUGUGGCUGGCUAUGAGGGUCAAACUGGACAGGUGGCGUAUUCGGCCAGUAAAGGAGGGAUAAUAGGGAUGUGUUUACCGAUGGCCAGGGACCUGUCUCUCUUGGGGAUAAGAGUCGUUACCAUAGCACCAGGUUUAUUUAAGACGCCCCUCUUGAUGAAGUUACCAGAUAAAGUCCAGGAUGUUCUUGCCAAGAGUGUGCCAUUCCCACCAAUGCUGGGAGACCCAGAUGUUUAUGCUCACAUGGUUCAGUGCAUAGUAGAGAACCCGUACCUGAAUGGAGAGACUAUACGUCUGGAUGGUGCUCUGCGCAUGAUGCCUUAGUGAAAUUAAUGUACGCUGCACCUGGGGUGGCACUAGGAUUUUUUAAAAAUUUUUAGAAAAAAGGAAUCAAAUUAGGUUUAUAAAUUUUAGAAGCAGCAACUGCACAUCGAGAUUUUUUGGACGAAAAACAAGACAGAAUCAUGUUAUCCAGUGGGUUUUUGGCAGAUCAUGUGAGUUGAAGAACCUUUGCAUCAGUGUUUAUUACAAAUCCUCACUUCUGGUUAUAUAUGUGGAAGAAGGUUACAGAAGGCAGAGUGCAUUUUCUGCUUUGCAACAUCACAGAAUGCAAAAGGAUGUAAUAUUUUGUCAUUUUAUCUCCUUUUUUAGUAUUUGAAAAUCAUCAAGUAUAAAUCUCAAAUGAUCUGUGUGCAUUGAAAUUAUUUAAAUAUUUUAAUUGAUUGCGUAAGAUUAUAAGAGGUAAGAACAAGUGUAAUAAUUAAAAAUAAUUGUGGUUUGCUAGAAUUUGUAUGUGACAUCUGUUAAGAAAACAAGGCAGCAAAAUUAUCAAAUGUACAGAGAUUAAUAAAUAAAGAUUGAUCAAAGACACCACAUAGCU